AUGACAGUCUGUAUGUUCGCCCACUUCAACCCUAUAGCGGGACAACUCGUCUUUGUGGCAUCAUUUCAUCGCACUACGGACGCGCCUGCGCCGUCCGAGUCCCCUUUGGACGAGAUCAAGAACGGGCUCUGCGACGCAUUGGAUCGAAUCAAGGCUGCCGGAAGCUUCGCGGCAUUCGCCAAAUUAACCGAGUCCAGCCUCUACCCGAUAUCAGUUCGCGAUGUUGGCCAUGUCGCCCUUCCUCUGGGGGAAGACAGUGCCCAACAACUGAUUGAAAAGGCACGUCAAGCCCCCUAUGGCAAAGGCACCGAGGCCUUUGUCGACACCUCGGUUCGCAGCACAUGGGUGCUGGAUGCAGCCCAAUUGGAGCUUCACCCACAUACUGAGAAGAUCCCGGGAAUGUUUGGUGCUCUUGUCAUCUGUCUUCCGUCUGAGCACCAAGGUGGCGACCUCGUUGUGAAGCAAAGGGAUGUUACCAAGAUGUUCAAGACGUCAGAAGUCCAACCGUCGAUGGCAUGCUGGUUUUCCGAUGGCACACACGAGGUCUUGCCUGUCACGUCGGGCAUCCGCUGGGGCUUGACGUACAACCUUGGCAUUUCCCCUCAGGUCAACCGCCCAUCGGCUGCCAUGAAUGCACCGGGACUGAAGCUGACCGUCUGUAUUACAUGCUGCACCACACAUACACUGAGGCCAACCUCGCUUCACAGCCUGAAAGGCGCUGAUGUCACCCGAAUGCGUUGCUUGGAGGAUGUAUGCGACAGUCUCAAUGCGACCUUGUUAUUUGGUGUGAUUGAAAAAUGGCAACAUGGAGGGUGCGGCUAUGACGGUGGCGGCUACUACGACCGAUACGACCGCCGUAGUAGAAGAGGUUGGGGUAGAUAUGAGUCGACCGACGAGGAUGACGACGAAGGUGACGGUGAAGGCUGGCACGAAUUGGUUGACAUGAUAGACCCGAGGUUCAAGAUCAAGAAGCUCGCUACGACCGGUGGAAACACGCUGCGCGAGAACAUGGAGAUUGAAGACGGUGACCUGGACAAGAACUUGGUUCAGGAUUACGAAGACCCUUUCGAGAAUAUCGCACGUGGGGAGGAAGAUUACUCGGGGGUCCACAGGCAACGAGGUAUGUCACAUGUCUUGUCUUCUUUGUAUCUACUGAACUGA